CAAAUAUAUAUAAAACAACCAAUCAGAACCAUUUAUUGAUCCGUCAAAAUAUAUUUACAUGACAGUUUACACUGAAAAUGAAUCAAAAUUUACUUGAUAGUUGCAUUGAAAGUGAAUCAAAUUUUUCACUUUAAAGCACGUGGUGAGGAAAUAAAAACAAUAACACGAGAAAAUAUAAGAAAACAAAUGCCGGUACUUCCCGAAUACGUGACGCAGUUUAUGUAAUAUGAAACCGUAUGAAAACAUUUUUUUAUUACUUAUUCGUUAAUUAAAACUCAAUUGCAAACUAUUCAAUAAUAAUACGAUCAACAGUUGGAAGUUUUUUUAUUUUUCUUCAACAAUUAAAUACAAUAAUUACAAGUUAUUUUCUAUGGAAAAGUAACGAUGUCUGAUCAAAAAUAUCCAAGAUUAAUAACGAGUAGAACCAGAGCUGAAAAGAAAAAAAUUUUAUCAUGUUUUCUAUGCUACGAAAAAGAGAAUAAACAAUUAUGGAGAGAUCACAGGCGAGAUAUAAAACAUAAAAUGAGAGUAAAAUCUUUCGCUGAUAAUUUUCACGAUUGUCCAGGUGAUGAUGUUACGUGUAAAUUAUGCGGCAGCAUAAUUCCCAAGGCUUUAGUAAUAAAGCAUGCCAGAGAUGAUCACCAGUUGGUCUUGUGGUGUCAUCCAGAUGACCAGGCUAAAAUAUACUUCAAAAAUUUCAUCAUACCACUGGCUAAUGAUCAAUCCUACUGUCAGUUAUGUAACAUUGUGUAUGAACAAUCGUCUGAAUCAUUGGCACACGUCAGUAGAAUUUUGCAUCGACAAUUUUUAAGUGAUUACUUGAAAGAUAAGGAUGUAGAUGAAGAUAAAGAACAAGAUUUACCGCCAAAAUUUUACAAAGAAUCCGCUUCCAAUGGAAUUUUUCCUUUUAGUUCGACUGCACUGCGAUGUUGGUUGUGUGAAUGUCUUAUUGAUGAGUAUCGAAAGUUAGAAGAGCAUAUUGCCGGUGAAAUUCAUCAACAUAAUUUAGUAAAAAUCGAUGAAAUAACAUUAGGAAAUCGCAAGUUAGUUCCAACGAUUGUUACAGUGACAGAGAACAAUUUUAAAUCGGAGAAAGAACCAUUUCCUAAAUAUUUUGACAAUUUUAUUGCUAAACGGGCUGAUGAUUAUUUUUGUAAUUUAUGUGAAAAUAAUUAUUCAUCAUCUAGCUUGAUAAUUGAACAUAUAGAAGAUGCGGUACAUCGGAAUCUUUUGAUACACAAAAAACGCAGCCGAGGAAUCGUUACCGAUACUUCACUUUCGUCUGAGUUCUGUAAGAUCUUUGUUGAAAAUAAUAUCUUUGGAUCUGAAUCUGUAUUUUUAGAAUGUUACUCAUGUAAAGUAACUAUCCCAGUUGAUAAAAGUACUGAGCACAUCAAUGGACUGAGUCAUAAAGCAAAACACAGUUUAUUUCUCGCAAAAGUUGAUAAAUCUGAUACUGAUGUUAAAAAUGAUGACCAAAAGUAUCCAGAUUACAUUCAUUUUAAGUAUAAAAAUGAUGAUGAAAAAGUUUUGACAUGUUUUAUAUGUUCCAUCAAACAAUUGUGGAAAGAACACCAGAAAGAUACAGAACAUCGAUGUAGGGCACGAUUUUUCUUUAAAAAUUUUACAGAUAUUCCAGGCGAUGUUGUUUGUAUGUUGUGUAAAAAAACAAUUCCUAAAGGUUCAGUGAUAGAUCAUGCUGGUAAUGAACAUCAGUUAAUGCCCUGGUACAGACCCGUUGAUGAGUUUGUUAGUUAUUUCAAAAAUUUCAUUCUUCCAAUGAGCUAUAAAUACUAUUGUUAUUUAUGCGAUAAAGUAUUUUGUCGGUGGUACCUUUCCUUAGAACAUACAGAGGAUGCGCGUCACUUAAAACUUGUCAAAGAGUUGAUAAAAGAUAAAGACAUUAAUAAAAAACUUUUGUCACCGGAUUUUUGUGAACAAUUGUCUGCCAACAGUAUUUACCCAGUCAAUUUCAAACAGUUAAGAUGCUGGGCCUGUCAAUACGUCAUUGAUGGAUACGAAACCGCUAGUGAACAUAUUGAUUGUGAUGAUCAUACGAUCAAGUUACAAGAGAAAAAAUCCGAGUUGUUACCAAGAUCAUAUGAGACUUCACAUAAUUUGGGAAAAAAAAUUUCAGACGCGGUUAAUUACCAUGAAUCUGAAAUAAUUUCAGAUUCUGAAGGGAAAACUGACAUAAAUAAUUUCACAGAUCAGUCAAGUAUAGGCUCUGAUGAUUCAGCGACCGUUGAAUCAACCCUACCUAUAACAGAUGAUAUAUUUUUAAAAUAUUUUGAAAACUUUAUUGGAAGAUAUUCAAAUAAUUUCCAUUGCUAUGUAUGUCACAAUUACUUUCAUACUCAAGAGUCGGCCAUAGCGCACAUGGAUGAUGUAAGACAUCGAUCACUCACACAAUAUACAAUAGAUAAGCAUAAAAUUGUCAUUGAUAAAUCUUGUUCUUCAGAAACUUAUAAAUUAUUUUUUGAUAAUUCUAUAAUACCAUAUACAUUUAAAACAUUAAUAUGCGUUAAAUGUAAUGAUCCUUUGGAGUUUACCGAAGCUAAAGGGCAUGUCAAGAGAAGAAGACAUCAGAUAGUAUUUGUAUUUGAAAAUAAUUAUUCAAAUUAUAAAGAUAAAAAUCCUUGUGUCCAAAGGCGAAAAAAUAUGGAAACUAAUUCGAGUCAAGAGAAGAAGCUUCAAAAAAAAUUACGACGUGAAUUGAAGAAACAAUACUAUGAGUAUUUUCAAAAUUAUAUUGGAAAAUGUCGUAAACAAUUUUUCUGUCAUGUGUGUAAAAUAGAUCUUCCGUCAGAAAAUAACUUAGUAGUGGAACAUCUCGAUCAUCCGAAUCAUAGAAAUCUUGUGGUCAAUAUGAUCGAAAAUUUAGAAAAUGUAACUUUUGAGUGGACAAGGGAUUACGAACGUUUCGUAAGACAUAAUGUUUUUCAAUAUGACCCUCAAGAACUGAAGUGUUUAGCAUGUAAUUGCUGUAUUUCAAACAUGAAACAAGUUAAUAAACAUAUUACAACUCUACAACAUAAAGUAAAUCUAGAAAAACUAAACACUUAAAAAACAAAUAUUUCUUCACGCAAAUAUUUGUCAUUUAUAUGAAAAAGAAUAGAUAUUUUUUCACAUAAGUAUUUGUCUUUUAUAUGAAGAAUUAUUAUUUAACAUUUAGUUUUUCAUUCUUUAGAGUAAGUGAUUAAAAAUAAGUCUACUUUUAUUUGAUUCUAAAAAAUAUUUUCAUUGGCGUAAAAAUAAAAUAAGUACC